GCAUUGGGCAAAUCCGUGGUCCUUCUCUUCCGUUUUCAUUUCUUUUCCUCUCUUCGUUCUUGCGGGUUUUCUCGCUAUCCCUCUCUCAUGUCGAGAAGAGGGGACACUGAUAAUGGUGUGAGGAUCGCCUCCGCGGUGGAGCUCCCCGAUAGAGAGCACAACGGCGGCCACCGUCGUUACGAUCCGGUGCCGUCGCCUGACAGAGGUACGCCGCCUUCCCAUCUCUCGUUUUCUGAUCAUGAUCGCUCCUCUUCAGAUUCCGAUGGAGAGACCUCCCGUCGCGCCUACCGCCGGUGCUCACGGAGUCCGUCUGAGGGCGAUCGCCGGGAAACCUUAACCCGUUACCAUAAACCUUCUGUUGCUGCGGAUCGGCGCGAAGUCUUAGCUCGUGGGUCUGAUGAGAAUUUCCGUAACCCUAGUGUGGAUGAUUGUUAUGUUUCCCCUGCUCGUGGUUCCGGCCGCGGCUCGGGUAGCCCGUAUCUGGAUGGACGGCGUGAAACCCUAGAUCGACAUUAUGGAAGACGUUCCCCUAGCCCUAAUUUUCGCGAGCGUGGGAAGACCUUGAGUCGCAGAUCGGAACGCCUUUCUCCUAGCUACGAACGGUACGAAACCCAGGCCGCUAGGUCUGGACGUCGUUCCCGUAGUCCUGGUUUCAGCGACCGUUUUCCUAGCCAUGGUCGAAGUGAGAAAGAUGAUUACUGGUACGAGCAGGGUACGGAUAGGAAAGAAAAUGGGCGUGGAAGCCCUACUUCGAGAAAGUUUCAUCGUCAUGGCGACGGAUACAGGAGGCCUUCAAAUCAGUCAAGGUUUCUGGAUAGGGGGUCUCGAUUGUCAGAAUCUGAGGGGGAAGACGAGGAUCUCAAGGGAUUGAAUUUCCAUGAGUACAGGCGGCUUAAGCGGCAAAAACUGAGAAAGAAGCUGAAGAAUUGCAUCUGGAGAGUGACUCCGAGCCCUCCACCCGACUGGAGGGGAAGAUUGGACUCACCGGCUCAGGAUGACAAGACAGCUAGUGCAUACCAGGACGGAAAUUGUGUUGUGGAUCGAAAGGAUGGCUCUUUGGUCGAUGGACGUAAAAUGGAUGCAACGGUUAAAGGGAAGAAGCCGGAGGAUACCAAGAAGUCGGCCAGUAACCCCGCAGAUUCCGAUAGUUCGGGUGAGUCCGCUUCUUCAUAUUCUUCCUCGGAGUCGGACAGAAGCAUCUCGCCUCGUGCGGCAAAGCGGAAGAAAGGACAAUCUUCUAGGCGGAAGAGCAGAUCUUCCACCAGGAAAAGCAAGAAGAGCAAGUACGAUACGGAAUCCGACUCCGACGAGUCCUUCAGUUCGACAGAUGAAUCGAGUGACGAGGAGCAGAAGGUUAGAAAGAAGAAGUCCGGAAGCACUUCGUCUCGUAGGCAGCAGUCGAAAAGCAAAAGAGGUAGUCGAGCAACUGGGAGCCACCGGAGGAGAAGAAGGGGUAGGGAUGACAGUUCCGAGAACACUGAAAGCGAGGACGAUUCUGAGCCGUCCCGGAAGCAGAAGAAGACGAUGAAGGAGAAGAAGUUGGACGCCGGGUUUAACACGGAUGAAUCUCUUAGUUUGACAGAGACCUCGGGUGAUGAAGUGGAAAAGAAGAGCUCAGGGAGUGUUCGAGAUCGACUGCAGUCGAAAGACGAGAGGAGCAAUCGAACAAGUAGGAAGAAGAGGAGGAACAGCAGGGGUAAGGAUUCUGAUGAUACUGGAAGCGAAGGCGAUUCUAGUUUUGAUUCCUCCGACGAUCAAAGUAAGUCUAAAAAGAAGAAGAGUAAGUCGAAAACAUCAAUCUCGUCAUCUCAUUCCAAGAGAAGAAGGACAAGGCACGCUUCGGAUUCCGACACAGCUUCCAAAUCAGAUGGAUCUUCAGAUUCAGACUCUGGUGCUCACGAAGAAAAAGAAGCUGAACCAAGAGCAGCCGAGACCGACAGCGAAGUGCUCAAAUUCAAGGAAUUGAUAGAAUCGCAGAAGAAGCCUGCUUCAGCGUUGGACAAUGAACCCUUCGUUGGGCCUGCUCCUUUGCCUAAAGCCGAGGGGCAUAUCAGCUAUGGUGGAGCUCUCCGGCCUGGAGAAGGAGACGCCAUUGCUCAGUAUGUGCAGCAAGGUAAGCGUAUCCCGCGGCGAGGAGAAGUCGGUCUGACGGCAGAAGAGAUUCAGAAGUUCGAGAGCUUGGGCUAUGUCAUGAGUGGAAGUCGGCAUCAACGUAUGAAUGCUAUUCGUAUCCGGAAGGAAAACCAGGUUUACAGUGCAGAAGACAAGCGGGCGCUGGCUAUGUUCAAUUACGAGGAGAAAUCUAAGCGUGAGCACAAGGUCAUGUCCGAUUUGCAGCGCCUUGUACAGCGACAUAUCGACCAGGAGUCCAAGACAUGAUCCUUUUUUGGUUUUAAAUGCAAACUUGAACAUGGUAUGCUAUUUUGUGUACGCUUGUUGGCCCGUGCUGUUAGUCAAUGAGCGUUCUUAAUUGUUUAAUCUGUUGAGCUUGAAAUGGUCUUCCUUUCCAGGGAAAAGGAAAAACAUCACCCAGAAAGAGUGUAAAUCAAGAUCAUGUUGAGGAUACACGCUAGUCGCUCUGACACCAAUUGAUGACAUCAAUUAAAAGAAAACUGGGCAUGUAAUCUUAUCCAGGAGAAUUUUACUGGUAAACGAGCAAUGGAACUGAUUCAAUUAUGGAAAAUGUGUUUUUUUA